AAAAAACAAAAGAAAAAAAGGGGAAUAUUGAAUACCCAUCAUCUUCGUCACAGACACACCACCACACACAAAUCAGACAACCACCCACCACCACCACCACCACCGAACCACUUUCAAUCCAUCCCCCAUUUCUGCUAGUUCGAUCUCGAAAAUCUGCUAUUCAAUCCACCCCUUAACCAUCACUAGGCAAAGAAAUUGGGGUUUUUCCCAAUAUAUAUACACGCGAAUAUAUAUCUGAUUAUGUGCAAUCAACGGACCUCUAAUUUUCCCAAUUGUUAGAAACAAAAUCAGGCCGACUUUUAUCCAUCGAUGCUAUGGCGGCGAGCUGCAUAUGUACGGGGACGUCGACACUUUUCUCCGAUUCCCAGAGGAUCGUACGUUUCGGCGACUUGCCUUCUAAACGUCGUCGUUGCGUCUCCGCUGUUAGCAACCGUAGCUCAGCCCGUCGAAUCGCAGUAUGUAGCAGCUCAGACGGCGGCGGUAAAUCCACUAAUCAAACAGAAACUACAGGAAUCCAGCUUUACAGGGACAUCGAGAGAAUACUUACAGAGACUGCGAAGCAAUCUCAAGUUGGUUGGGGUGGUUCAGGAGAUUGGAGUGAAAUUGAGGGAGCAUGGGUAUUGAGGCCAAAAAACUCCAAGUCAACAGCAAUCGUGCAUUUUAUUGGUGGCAUAUUUGUGGGGGCUGCCCCACAGCUUACUUACCGAUUAUUCCUAGAACGCCUUGCUGAUAAGGGUAUAUUAGUUAUUGCCACACCUUAUGCGAGUGGUUUUGAUCACUUCCUCAUUGCAGAUGAAGUGCAGUUUAAAUUUGAGAGGUGUCUUAGGUAUCUCCAAGAAACAGUUGAAGACAUUCCUACUUUUGGCAUUGGUCAUUCACUGGGAUCCGUCGUUCAUCUUCUGAUAGGCUCGAGAUAUGCUGUGCAAAGAAAUGGAAAUAUAUUAAUGGCAUUUAAUAACAAGGAAGCAAGCCUAGCUAUUCCUUUGUUUUCACCUGUCCUUGUGCCGAUGGCCCAAAGUAUUGGACCAUUUUUAUCGCAAAUCGCAUCAUCACCAACUAUUCGCCUUGGGGCUGAGAUGACUAGGAAGCAGUUUGAGAACCUUAGCCCUUCCAUUUUGAAACAAGUUCUUCCUCUGGUUGAGCAGCUUUCUCCCUUGUACAUGGACUUGGCUAAAGGCAGGGACGAAUUUUCUCCUAGGCCCGAAGAAACCCAACGAUUGAUCAGGUCUUAUUACGGCAUAUCAAGGAAUUUGUUAAUAAAAUUCAAAGAUGAUACGAUUGAUGAAACUUCCCGACUAGCUCAGGUUCUUAGCUCAGAAUCUGCUAUUAGUUCAAUGCUGGAUAUGUCCAUUCGUUCGUUACCAGGGGAUCACGGUCUGCCUCUACAACAGGUAAUGCCAGAUGUACCCCCAGGAAUGGCAGAUGCAGUAAAUCGUGGAGGAGAAUUAUUGGCAACAUUGUCUGCAGGUACACCAUGGGAGUCGGUUGCCAAAGAAGUGGGCAGUACAUUCACUACAGAUUCACGAAUUUUCCGCUCUGAAAAUACAAAGGACAUUGAUCUUCUUGUCGACACUAUUGCAAGUUGGAUAGCAUCCAACGCAGGUGCAAGGCUUUUAAGGUCGUAAUACUAGAAUAGAAGCAGCAAUGUAAAUGCAUACAGAAAAAUGUAUACGUCUGAUUCUUAUCUAUGGUGCCUGUAUAUGGUGUACAUAUGUAAUAUAUAUGAUGACUCUUUGGUAUGUAACAAACUCAGUCCAGGUUCACAAAGAAGCACAAAAUAUAUAAAGAAGAAAAACAACUUUAUAAUCAAAA